AUGGAUAAUCACACUGUCGUUAAGAAUGGAACUAUUGAACUUUAUUGUAAUGUGUCUGGAACGCCACCUCCUACUGUCUUAUGGACUCAUGUAAAAUCAGGCGAAACGUGGAACCAGAAAAAAUGGACUAUUAGCGAUAUCCAAGUGGAGGAACUUGGAGAAUAUAGGUGUAAUGCCAGCAACAAAUAUGGAGGAGAUAUCAAAAGUACCUUUAUCUUAUAUGAAGGUGGGUGAGUCAAGUUGAUAUGGGAGAUGCUUCGCUUACAGAAUGUAAAGAAGUUGUUUGCUGGUAUCGCUGGGUUACUAGUAAAUACAUAUUUGCAAUGAAAUUACUUGGAACCUGAUUGGCCCAAAUCAGGCAUGGGGAUUGCCGGUCUCUGAGUCCAACAUAUUUUCGAUGUGAUCACAGCUGUAAUAACUCAAAAAUAUUUUAUCUAUAAUGCAGACAUUCUGGAGAAAUUUACAGGUUCUUCCAAAACUCUGUCAAAAUUUUAAAAUCAAAUUACAACUCUAAACUGCUCCUUAAACUUAAAAUAGUUUAUUUUUUAUCAAUUUAGAGUUUUGUUUUGUUUUUUUUUUUAUUUUUUCUUCUUGAAUAAAUUUAGCAUCUGUACCUCCCCUAUGAUUUUUACUGUCUCCAACGAACUUAAGCAUAUUUAGAACAUGGAAAUUUAAUUUUUUCGUGAUUUUCAACUCUCAUUCUUUACAGGUGGUUUUUGUGAAAAACAAUGUACUGAUGGGAAAUUGUGUCUUAAGUUUGGAGUCACAUACUUUUGUAUCUGUCCUGAAGGGAAAAGAGGAGAAAAGUGUGAGAAAACAGGUUGGAACAACUUUUAAAUUUGUUGCAGAGAAAAAGCCACUCCCGUUGCGUUUGAUUCAUUUUGCCAUCUUCCCAACCUUAAAUUAAGUGCUUGUACAGUUUAACCAUACUCUUCUUCUACCGAUAUCUUAGUUUUACACGCGGUUGUGCCUAUGUAUUUAAUGAUACCUCGCAUUAAGUUCGUCGUUUUAGAAACUUGUGUAUACCUGAUAUAUAUGCUACAUUUACGUAGACAGAUAGACUGAUUAUUCAGACUUGAUGCUGAUCUCUAAUGAAUCAGUCUAACACUCCAAAGCACAGACUUAAACUUAGCUCAACACAUACUUUGAAAAUUGAUGUUGGUCCCUAUUGAAUCAGCCUUUAACCUUCCAGAGGAUAGACUUACAUUUAGCCAUACGCAUAUUCAUUUAAAUUUUGUACAUUUGUUGUUUUUUUUUUUUGCGACCACAUGCCCAGUGGAAACCAAAUUGCCUCUCUUCUUGCUUUUAGCUAAGUAGUGGUAUUUCGGCAACGUGGAUAAGUUCGUUCGAUUUGUCUGCUGUUCAAAGCUUUAAGAUAAACUGAAGGUCUUCGAGAUUUUAUCCCCUUUUGAGGCGUUAUUUUUCGUUUCGCUUCUUGUAAUGUUCAUGCUUCUCUUGCUCCCAACAGAUACACCUAAGAAAGACUUUGAUGUCGGACUUAAACUCAAGGGAGAGUUCAAACAAGCGUAUGAGAACUUGGAAAAUCCAGAGACAAAAGUGUUUGUCAAAAGAUUGAAAAAAAAAUGUGAGUGCUUUGGUAAAAAUAAUUAUGAUUAACUUGAAGUUAGUAUUGUAAUAUUUUAAGGAAAGAAAGAAUUAUUUUGGAACACAGCCCAUUGCAUAUCAUGAUUUAAAAUAGUUUAGUAAGGUGUACGUAUGCACCAGGCGACUGCAAGGCCCCAUCCGAUUUCUACACGGACACCUUCUCACUCAGAAUUAGGCGAAGUGUGGUGCUUUUCAUUUAGAAAUUAAUUUUUCUUGUAUUGGGAUAAAAAUAUAUUUCGUUUUAGGGGCUUCGCUCUUAAUGUCGUUUUAAAACAUCAGAUUGGGGCAUAAAUUUCUCCUUGUCAGUACAUAGAAAGUAGAGAACAUAGAAAUGGAAUUUUUUUUUUCAGAUGAUGGAAGAAUUCAAAGGCACUGGUCUCACUAGCGUUAAGGUGCUCAAGCUGAGGUAAUACGUUUUCAAACUUGUGUACGUUAAAUCAGAAACUUCCAGGUUAAUUUUGUUCAUCGUGUAGUCUUUGCGGUACUGAUGCACAAGAAGCGCUGAGGGCGCAAACCAAUCAUUAUUUUUGCGUCAUAAGAUUAUAAACUGACCGAACUAUAAUCUCUUUCUUAACUUACAUGUCGUACAGGGGAGUACGUGUGAUGCUGGAUUAUUUAUAGAUCACUUAGAACGUCCUUCUUAAAGCCGCACUAUAAUUUGCGAGUAAUAUGUCGCAGCUCAAUGUAUCGAACAGGGUUUGUUAAGAAUUACAGUGAGUCAUAUGUGUACUUAAGACGCCCAAGAUAAUGAGCUGUUCUGGAGAACAAACCUUUUGAUAAUAUUUUGAUAAUAAUCUACAGUUUGUGAGUCAGAUCCUCCUGGUGAUUUUUGUUGUUUUAAGAUUAAAAUAAAUUUAAAAUUCACGAGGAAUUUUUUAAAGACAAGAUGAUGACAUGACUCAUGCCAUCAUCAGUUUAUUGUGUUGUAUCAUUUAACUUAUAUUUUAGACGUUACAUAAACAGUAUGCCAUCCGUUUUAAUCGGUAGUUCCAUUGGUACCGUUACAAUAGUUUAAGUAAACACUCGUGCGCGCAAAUGUAACACUUGGAACGUUAACUUAUUUUUUUCUAUUUUUUUGGAAGUGAAGAGAAGUUAUUUUGCAUCUGAGUAUUCAGCUCAGGUUUCAAGCGGCUCAUGUGCAAUGCCUCCUUAAUUUUAUGCAAUGAGUUGUUUUGGCUGAGUCUAGAAUCUUAAAUCACUCAGCUGAACAUUUUUGACCCAGAACUAGGAAGAGCACUCAACUGCUUGCGAACACGUUUUACGAUUAAAAUGAAAUAUCAAAAUUUGAGUAUUGAAAGGAUGGAAGGCAAGAUUGGAAGGAGGAAAGCUAGAAUGUUUAUCGAGGAAGUCCAGGUUUAAAUUGCAGCGCCUAAACACAUUUCUAUUUACUUGCCUUUUUAUCUAAAAGCGUUUGACUUCUUGCUUACCUCUCAGGCAAGGAGGUAUCAUUGCUGACUUGAAACUAACAUUUAACGAUUCUGUCGGAGAAAGUAGUGUAAAUGCAUUGCUGACACAGGCAGCGAAUAGGGGAAAAAUUGGUGAUACGGAAGUUGAAGAGAUUAGCGUUGGAAAAACUUUCCCAGGUUAGUUCUUUUGUCUUCGUCAAUCGCUGCUGUUUUGGAGAUCACGGCACUUUGCUUAGUUAUUCUCUAUUAUCUGACAAAGCCAGAUUUUUGGAGACACAGUUGAUGACUUUGUACUCUGAAAGCUAACUUUUUGAGGUGUUUUGAACUAACUCAGAGUUUAUCAUUUCCUCUCGCCGGCUUAACCGCAUUUGGAAUUACUAGGUCCGGGAUUUCUUUUCCCUUAAAGACCCGUAAUGAUGAGUGAAAAUGUGCCUGGGUGGCUAAGAAUUUAAAACUGAUUGAAAUGAGGCUUUUUUUUUGUAUGUUUGUAUGUAUGUUUCAGAGCCAACUACAACUUCAGUACCACCCGAGGACUGUGGAACCUUCUUUGAGGGAGAAGAUUGUAAAAUAGGUAGGGAUUAAUUUUUUUUUCCAAAAUCAACCUAUUGUGUGAAAAUAUUAUGUUAGUGAUAGUGUUUAGUAGAUUUUAGUGAAAGGGGAGAUGGCCAUGAUCUCGGAGCGGAAUCACGAAAGACAAGAUUGGCAUGCAAAUUGUCAACUAUUAUUUUAAUGAUAUAGCGUACUGAUUGACCAAUCAGAGGGCGCGUAUUUCAUUAAUCACGUUGGUGAUUUCACUCAAAAAGACAUUCACCGAUUGUAUAACAAGUUCAAAUGAUUGCAAGCUUAUAACGUUUUCCAAACUUUUUUGUUUUCCAAAAUAGUACAUUUUUGGAUAAAUCAACGGUUUUUCUCUGCAUGUUUUGCUAAUCUCUUGAAAAAUCAAUAGUCAAAUUUUGCGAAUAAAAAAUUAAAAUGAAUUUAAAAUUUAUGUUUUCCUCUGCAAGAUUUAGUAUUCCGUAACAAAGUUUGUGUUAAUGGUCAACUAUGAAAAUAUGUAUAAGGUAAUUCGUUUAAAAUUGUUCAAAGGACUGAAAUUGUGUCGCAGAAAUUCUGCGACCACUCGUGCACUGGAUGUCGCAGAAAUUCUGCAACCACUCAUGCAGUGGGUGUAGCAGAAAUUCUGCUACUACUCAUACACUGGGUGUGGCAGAAAUUCUGCAACUACUCAUACACUGGGUGUCGCAGAAAUUCUGCGACACAAUUUCAGUCCUUUGAACAAUUUUAAAAGAUUUGUAUGUGUCAUGAAUAGAGCACAAAUAUAUCAUUUAAAUCUUGCAUUGACUUGCAUUGAAAUCACAAGGAAAUUAAUUCUCAACUGUCUAAUGAAAGCCUUAGACCCUUCACUAUCCAGAGGAAAAAUGCUAAAUUGACAGAAUCACAGAUUUUAAUUAAUAUCUCCACCAAUGUUUACAAUAGGGAAUUAUGCUACAUGUGUAUCUCAAUUAAAAGGGCAAAAAUAAGCUUUUAGAAAAAGUGAUCCUCUUUCUCAGUUAGCUGCGACUGCUUCCAAAAUAAGAAAAAAUCAAACCGUGCAAUGUUGCCUAAUAAGUCACAAAAUUAUGAAAGGGAAAGUAUGCGGUAGACCCACUCUACAAAGCCAUUUUGAGGGCGCCAUCUGGUUUUGCCGGGUUCUACACUGAAAACAACGACGGACUCUAAAAUCUGGUCAACUCUUGUCGCUGUUCUCAACCAUUUCUCGAAAAUAAUCGGUGUCGAAUCUUUGAAAGAUAUUCCUUUGCUGGACCCUUUGGAGUAUCACCUCCUGAGGGAAACUUAAGGUAUGAACAAACUGGUGCAUCUUUAAGGGUUUAUACAUGACUCGUGAUUAAGACCAAAAUUAAAUACGACGCGUGAAUUUUACUGAAAGGUUAACGUUAUUCGUGAAUUUAUGAAACUGUGUAAGGCGAGAUUUGAUAUCCUGAAGUAUACUUGAACCCUGAAGUUUUUGUUUUGAUGUUGUUGUUGUUGUUUUUUUUCCCAUUACGUGAAAACCUCAAGAUUUCGAUAAACCUUGCACACAAGAUGAGAAAUUAGAAAAUUUCCCUUUUAUAUCCGUGACGCGUGAACUGAUUUUUCGAAAAUUCGCCAGCAAUACCUUAACGGUCCUCUUUCAGCUCGAAUUAUUUCCAACGAAUUCCAGGGGUGCGUUCCAAUUUGUUUCAGUAAACUCAUGGCCAAUGCUAUUUUGGAAAACACAAAAUAGUUUGGAAAGCGUUUGAUAUGAUACACACUCUGUUUUCUGUACCUUGCGCUCACUGCGAUGACAUCAUGAUAAAAUUAGUGAUCAGGUACCCUGGAUGGUGUAGUGAUGAGAGAGCUUGCCUGUGGCCUGGGUUUGAUUCUCGGAAAGUCUUGGUAGUUCCCAUUCGACAAACAGGUUUUAUUGUGUUUGCUGUGUUCACAUUCAACAUCGAGGUAUAUAAAAGUGUAAUUCGAACAGCUAAAAUUUCGGGAAAUUUUUCCGCUAGUAGCCUCAUUAUUAAUCCAUAAGUUUUGAUUUUAAUCAAAGUUUCGAGCCCGUUUUGUUAACGUGACUAUCGAGAAACCGGAACCAAGUUUCAUUUUUUUUUGUUAAAAGUUUCGUUCGCUCUAAUUCUGGCGAGGAUACUUCUCCUCGUUCUCCUUCCUCCAAUCCCCACGUCAAACUCCAAUAUGGGAUAUGAGAUAUGAGCAUGGGAAGGGCUCCCAUGCUCAUAUCCACUCGAACUUGAUGGAAUUUGAUAAUCAUUUUAUCAAUUUUCUUGUAAGAUUUAUUGGAGUUUAUUACGUCCAUUUUGAAAUCACUGGUGGUCCUGGUCGGCGCGAUUUAUUUACGCAUCGCACUAUUGUUUGCUCUAAAUCGCAUCUUUUCCUAGUCAAUGAGAAAGCUUUCCUAAAACGCAACAACCAAUCAGAUUUCAUGGCUUGUUUAAAGUAACCAAUCAAAUGGCAACAAAAUAAGAAAGGCAACAAUGAAUCAUCUACAAACCAAUCAUUUAAAGUAACCAAUUAAAUCGCAACAAAAUGAAAGGCAACAUUGAAUCAUUUACAAACCAGCUCAGUACUGCGUCAGUUGAAUAUUGGUUACAUUUUGCGCUUCAUAAACGGAUGUAAUAGAGCUGCAAUUGAACUCCGUGUUGUGCAAUCUUAGUUGUGAUUUCAAAUGACGGGUAUGAUUUCAGACCAAAUUGCACUCCAUUCACUUCAAUUACAAUUAUAAACUGUGCUAGGCCAUAUAACUCCAUGCUAUUUAUUCGUGAUCUUUUCCAGCGAAGCCUGGUUUGAUUGUACUCUGUGUGAUUGGAGGUGUGGCAGUUUUGGCAAUCAUCGUAGCAAUAAUAGCUUACGGUUUGCACAAGAAAAAAAUCAAACGUUGCAUCCUUUUCAAAUGGUAAGCUUAUCAGAAUUCUUUUUUUUUUUUUUUUUCGGUGAUUUUUUUUAUUUAUUUACUUUUUACUUUUAUCAUCAUUUCUGAUGAUGGUGUUUUUCUCUCUCUCUCUCUUUUUUUUUUUUGAGGGGGGGAGAGGGUAGAGGAAAAGUUAUACUUUUUUAUUCCCUGGAGAAAUAAUUCGGUACCGGCAAUCUGUUUGAGAUUUGGAACAAAAUGCCAGAAAUCGGACAAACGUGAGUGUUCCUAAGGGGAAAUUAGUUCUAAUAAUCUAACUGGGAUAGAAACAGCUGGUAAAAAUGGGUAACAAAUUGUUUUCUUUUCCGAUUCGUUUGGGUUGUUCCACGAUGCCGAAACUGUAAUAAUGGAUGCCACAGAAUUUUGAAAAAUAAUAAUUAAAAAAAAAAAUGAAGGGAGAAAAAAAAAAGAAACAGAUCAAUUCUGUUCUGGAAGUAGAAAUGACCGUUUUUGUUUUUGUUUUUGACUCGUAGGUAACUAUACACCAAGGGUCGCUCCACACGGGUGAGACAUUUGUGUUGGAAAAUGAUUUAUAAUGUAUAGUUGCCGCAAUGUUUGUUAAAUACGCAGUAAUGGUAAAAACUGAAAUCGUCGUGCUCUUUUGUUAUGUAAGCCUGCUAAAGCAAAGCAAGCGCUCUUUUAGGCCGUUAGCAAGAUCACAGGCUGCGAUAUAUUUUAGGAGGCGUUUGAUCAAAGGUUCCUCUUCAUAUACGUACAUACAAACAAACAAGUCAAUACCCCCCCCUUCCCCCCUCAAAAAAAAAAAAAAAAAAAAAAAAAGAAGAUUGAGCGACGAGUUUAACGUAACAAUCGUUUUAACGUAAGAUUGAAGACCACCUUGAGUUAAUUAUCUCUAUUUUUGGUCUUGUUUAUCUACCAACUUUCCCGUUCUUGACAUUUUGGAUUGAACUAAAAUGUUAGGGAAUUAGGGACUUUAUUGUUGUGAGAAAGGAAUGCUACAAUUAAAAGAACAACGUAAACUUACAGGUAUAUGGUAACUUGUGAUAGGGACAGUCACCUUCGAUAUGGCUCCGGCCUUGGCUUUCUGUGAGAUUCUUUGUCUAUUUCGUAGCUUUUCUUGAUAUGAAUUGUGAAAGUCAAAUAAAAAUGAAUCUUUUAUAUAGUCAAUUUCUAUAAAUCUUCUAUCCUAAGUCAGUAACAUACGUGGACUUUUGACGACGACAAAUUAAUUUCACUAGUUUAUAUAUAUAUAUAUAUAUAUAUAUAUAUAUAUAUAUAUAUAUAUAUCAACUUGCCUCUUUUUGGUAUGAUAGCACUGCUGGUUCAGCAGAGAGGACUCCUCAAGGGAACAGUUAUGGAAAUGUGAAUUCAGGAUACGAUUAUGACAAAACGAAUGGCCAGAACCACUCCAAUGAAAUGGUAACAUUCAAGGGGACAAAUCCAGCGCAGACUCCUGGGAUUGCAAUCAACGACUCCAGUAUGACAAAGGUAAGGCAAGCUCAAAGUCAUGUAGGUUCUACUUUUGUUGCCCUAUGUACAGCACUAGUUACUUCAAUCUCAUAUUCGUGAAAAAGUUAAUCAUAGUGGAUCCUUUUUCGGUUUAUUUUAGUUUUUUUUGUGACUGUGUGUGUUCUCCCACCUUGAACAACAAUUAUUUAAGACUCAUAUUUAAAAUGCCGUAACUUUGCGGUGACCUACUUAUGCCCACGUCUGGUACACUACUCAGGGAUGUCAUAAAGCCUCUACUGCACGCUUUUCACUCCGCAACUCAUGUUUCAUUCGUAUUCAACUAAAAUCAUAAUUUGCAGUUCAUUUGGCAACAAACGCAUAAAUUGAGCCAUGAAAUGAUAACGCAUUAACUUACUUCUAGCGCUAGUCUAGUAUCAAAACAAGCCUGGAAAAGUUGUCGUGUCCGGAAAAUUUAAGCAAUCAAUAAUCAAUGAAUCAAUCAACGUUGUGCAACCGCAUAUUACAAUCCUCGUGAAUGCCUUUUAAUGUUAACUAAACUUCAAGCUGACUUUGAAAACUUAAAAUGGCUAAUGAUAGUAGCCAUCUUUAGAUAAUAAGAUAUGCCCAAGACUAACGCUUUUGUGGUCAGGAUCGCCUAUUCCCAAUCAAGUAAGAAACUUUUUACUGAAUUGAACCCAGUCUUCACAUCCAAGCAAUAAUCAGCUGGAUACCAAGGCACAAUAAUGGCUUAUUGGAAUUAAGAGGAUGACAAUCACCGAAGCAGUCCAAAAUGUGUGACUCAAAGCCACUUGUCAUUAUUUACUUGAGGUUGUGGCUGAAUUUAUACCCUUACUGGUACAACAAACCACUUUAUUCGAUAAUUAACUUGUGAUAUUUUUUGUUUUGUUUUGUUUAUUGUUUGCUUGUUUGUUUGUGUGUUAUUGUUGUUGUUUUUUUUUGGCAUUAAUUACUAAGUUGCAAGAGUGUUGUGAAUCAGAUAAUUAACGUACUGUAGUCCUGAUGUACCUUAGCUAUAAUGACCCAUUCGCUUAGCGUUCUUCUUAAAAGAACAGACAACGCUUGGCAACCGAUAGCAGCAAUAACUGAGGGUGGCCUUGUUUGUUCUAUUUUGUUCUGCCAUGUUACAAUGGGAAACAGAUUACAUAACAAUGAGGAGUAAACCACGAACAAUUGUCAAAUAGUCUUUAUUCUUUAGAGUGCAGCUAUUAUAAUUCUUGUCUUUUAUGAGGUUUUGAGUGGCUUAUCUUUUCAAAAUUGAAGAAAUAUUUUUCUUUCAUAAGCAACUGUUGUUGGGCGUUGUUAUUUCUUCUUACACAUUGUAUUUUCCUUGCAGUGAGCAAGAAAGACGAAGCCAGUUCUGGCUUGACGGAUAAGCAGUUAACUCUUAAUAAACCGAUCUUUAGAGUAAUAUUCGUACACCUUGAGCAUACUGAGAUAUUUUCGUAGCCUGUGAGUAAGUAAUUUUCUAGGUUUAGAAUCUAAGGGCUUCUGUCGUAGUUUCGUUUCGCCCCUUGUGUUCUUUUUUUUCAAGUAAACAUCAAAUUACAUCUUUUUGCCAAAUUUUAGCACACGAAAAUAAUUCAAGAUUAGUGUUUGUAGAGUAACCACUCAACUGUGCGGUGUGUGGUGAAGUUUAAGUUUUAACGAGCAAGCUACUGUAUGUUGCAUUCCACUUCAUUCAUAACUUUAGUUCUCGCAAAUCAUUGUCUUUUUCAUGUCUUAAACUUAAUGUUUUAUCUAGCGAUAUAAGUGUUUUAAAUCUCGUGGGUCGAUUAAAAUCUUACAUAGUUGAUUUUCAUUGGCAGUCCAGGCCACUAAAAUUGUGGUCGUAAAAAUUUUGAGAUAAAAGUAGCUUGAACUGAUGGUAUAAUGUUAAAGGAAUAAUGCCACAACAAGAUAAGGUCUAGUUUUAACGAUAGCAAUACAGAAAUAGCUUAUUGCAUUUUAAUAGGAUAUUUAUAGCAUUCAUUUAAUGAGUGUCCUAGGUAUUAUUUAUUCAACUAGUCGCUAGGUGGUAAUCAUAAUUUAGAAGGGAACACGACAUAAUUUUUUUUCAUGUACGUAACAGUUAGAUUAUGAAAGCUCUCCAUUUCUAAAGCGUGAUAGUUGAUGAAGGAGAGGUCCAAAUCCAUUAUCGUGCAUAGUAAACGAUAUUGUUUUGGUAUCAAUGUACCAGUGGUUCAAACCUUGAGAACAAGUCAAGCUUAUGUUUUCUUUGUAAUUUGUUUGCAUUCGCGCACCAAAAGGCUUCGAACUGUAUUCACUAUCUGUAUAUCAUUGAACAGAUAGCGAGUAUUGUAACCGAUCAGAUUGCAACAUUUGCGAUGAAACAGCGAUAGAAUUAUACUGAAAUGUUCAAAGUCGUAACCUUUAGCUGUAUAGUAUUUGUGCAUCGGCACGAUAACAUUUGUGGUAGUUAAAACAUAAUCAUAAUCAUGAUCAUAUAAUUAUAUUAUUCAUUGUUAGCAGUUUUCUAGGUGGAUGAUUUUUAAUCCUAAGAGGAAAUUAUUAAGAAACUUACUGGUCGACGAUUAAACAUCUUUACAGCGUGGUGUGUUAUCAAAAAAUAUAUCAGAACUAUUAUUAAUUCGUUAGUCAUCGAAGUAAGUAUAUUCAGCUGAUUUUGUAUCUUUAAACUUGAGAUUCGUCAAUUAAUUAAAGCAGUUUAAAUGCAUCUUUUUAUGUUUAUUUGUUGAGGGUUUUAGCAUAGAUGCUGUACCUUUUAAAUGUGACCUGUGGGUCUGUAAUUGUUGUUAAGCUCAGCGGUGGCUAUUGACUUCGUUUUUUUGGUUAUUAUUUUGCAUGCCUGUUUUCUUUGCAGAGCAUGAGUUAACCCUUGGACCCUAAGAGUGACAACCAUGUAAUUUCUCUUUGAAAUAUCACCUUUAACCACACAAUAGAACACGAGAGGAAAGGAAAAGGAAGUGAUUGGUUGUUAAAAAGUUCUCCUUUUCAGCACCAUAGGUAAUGUAUAGAGCACAGCAUAGAGACUAUGCAUACUGAUGUUCGAGUAUAAACGGUAACGUGUGAGGGGUUUUGAAAAUAUGUUCAACUUUUAAGGAGACAUUUUGAUAAAAUGGAGUCUUUCAUCGAUCUUUUAGUUGCCUUUUUCAGAUUUCAAAGGUUCCAUAUCUUGAGAUUGUUUUUUCUACCCUUCAUUUAAAAAAUGGUACACACAGUUACCAAAAGCGAUACUGCUACCAUCUUUGGGGAACCGUUGAAAGGAAUUUUUUGAACGUAAAUCUGUGGAGAAAGAGCCGUGUUAACUAUUUAAUUCCCAGAGUGGCUAGUAUCCAAUUUCCACUCACGAUAUCACCGUUGAAUCACAAGGAGGCUGUGUGGUUAGGGUGCUGGUCUUGUGAUCUGGUGGUUUCGGGCUCUAGCCCCCUGGCCCUCCAUCCUGCCACUCACUGGAUUUGUUCUCGGUUGCCCCAAGUUCAAUUCCUUGGCUGCACUUUGUACACAUGUACAGCCAACUGGCCUGCCUCCUUCCCGUUGGGGUUUUUUUUUUUUAAAUCAGCACGGUUCGCUUGCUUCCAAUUUGUCCAUAUUGGCCCUUAAAAGAGGUCAAUUAAGUAUACUUACAUACAAACGAUCAGGGUCUCGAGAAGAAACAGAAUGAGAGCCAUUCAAAACGUUACGAUUGUUUUAAAAAAACAAAAUAUUUUUGUUAGUCACAUAGGGAAUGUGUAGGGAACAGUAUAGAACAUAUACAGGUAUGCAGGUUGACGUCAGGAUGUUUAGGGUAACUGGAUUUGACAGAUCAAAUAAUUUCUGCAAUAGUACGUUCAACCAUGUUUGGAGCUUUUUAAAUCAGUGCGAAUGUUAGUCGUGGUGAGGCCGCAAAGUGGAAAAGGAGGAGAGGGCAAAGAGUUAUAACAUGUAAUUUGCACUAAAAAGAAAUUAGCCUCCCUCCACUGGAAUCUUGUUUACAUUCCUGCAAAUACUGUUGAAUAUUGGUGAUACAAUGUGGAGGCGCGGUGGCCUUAUGGUUAGUGCGCCCGACUCCGGAUCGGGUGGUCCGGGUUCGAGCCCUGUCCUGGGUCAUUGUGUUGUGUUCUUGGGCAAGACGCUUUACUCUCACAGUGCUUCUCUUCACCCAGGUGUACAAAUGGGUACCAGCAAAUGUGCUGGGGGUAACCCUGCGAUGGACUAGCAUCCCAUCCAGGGGGGAGUAGCAAUACUCCUAGCCGCUUCAUGCUAAGAAAACCGGUGUUAAGCACCGGCCCCAUGGGCCACUUGGGCCCGUAUAAAGGCUUUUACUUUUUUACAUUGUUGAUACAUAAGGAGCUUUUUUUAUCCCUGUCCGGUGCUUUUGAUCCAAGGCCAAAGCUUUUAGCAAAAACUACAAGGCCAACUCUCUGCUAACGACCAGCUCUCUGCAGCCAUCUCAUUAUGUCAAGCCCUUUUGUAGAUUUUAUGUGUAUUCUCGGUAGAUUUUCUUUUGGUAUGAUUCUGUUUCUCUAAUAUUUGUUUCUUCGCAAAGAUUGAAACGAUUUGUGCACUACUUAAAUUAGUCUUUGUCAGACUUUCUUAAAUGGAGAUAUACGAAAACGAAGGCGGGCGAAAAAUGGUGGGAAUGGGGCCGUUUCCCAAGAUGACCAUCUAGCGUUGUUUGCCCGCCACCGACGAAGGGUUUAGAGGAGAUUAUAACCUUGCGACAGUUGUCUGGCAGUAAAGCUGACGUGUUGCAACAUGCGAUACCCUGCGCGAAAUUGAGGGUGAUCCUUUGGUAUCGUCGCCUUGACAAAGUUGGAUUGAUUCAAUGCCUUUUGCUGAUUCUUCACCACCAGUCUUCCAGUAGGUACAAGUCUCUUGAUACAUUGUUUACGACUUUUCAUAAUAAUGUAUCUGUGUUUAUGCUGUAGCGUCCUUUGUGUGAAAAUCUUUGAGGCGCGGUUGUCAUAAAGGAGGUUGAGAUUUCUUUCCCUUGGCCUAGAUCCUUUGUCCAUAUCGAUAACUUUAAAUAGAUAAAACAAAAACCUAGUUCAUUACUUCAUGUCAGUCCUCGUCAGAACUACAUGCCUUCUUCUUUGGUUAAAUUACCUAACGUGUCUCCACUUUUUUUCUAUCAAGAUAAUCUGUUUUAACGGGAUAUGGAAACGUAUGUGUAAAGCGUAACUAGGAGAAGAAAAAGCCAAUUACACUUUGUUGGAUGGUUCAGAACGACAACUAAAAGUUGUCUAAAUACAACUACCUUUUCCAUCAAUGAUGGUACCGGCUGGAAUGAUAUAGGAGUUAUAUGCCAUCCUGGCGAUAACAUUGUGAUAUAUGAUAGAAAUAAUUAAAAGACGCUAUUUAAUAUCAGUAGAAGUGAUGAGGCCACCCCGAUAGUUUAAAAAGUGACUGAAGAUGAACAAACGAUUUUCCAGUGCUAGCAGUCUCCACGCUAAGAAACUCUUGGACCUACAGGAUUUUCCUGAACUUUACAAGUAGGUAUCAAUUAGGUGGAACGCAUCUUUUCAUAGCGGUUUAUUUUGGUUUCCUAUGAUUUGGACACACUUUUUAACUUUUGCCGGGCUUUUAUUUUGUUAAGACAAAGGAAAACGUGUGCGGACGAAAAGUAGCGGAGAUUUAGCCCUUUCCCAUGGAAACCACCAAGCAUCGUUCACAAGCCACCGACCCAGCACCUUUGACAGGCUACGCGCGCCUACUCGCUUGACGCUGACGGUUGCCUGGCAGCUAAGCUGUUGUGAAAGUAUAAUGUGAUACGUUGCACGCCAUUGAAAGUGAUCUGUCGUCUUGUAUGCGUUUGUCGUAGAACAUGGCCUCGGUUAACAUAACUUCGGCUCUUAACAAAAUUGGAUUAACAAGGUUUGGUGGAAUAUUUCUCUGGCUGAUUCUUCAUCGACAGUUUGUCGGUAAGCUUAAGGCUUUCAAUGCUUUGUUUAUCACUUACAUGGUUUUCGUAUCUGUAAGUUUUUGUGAUGUAGCUUUGAUAUCAGCGGGGAUCAUGCUCCAAACAAGGUCGUGAGCGUAUGGCUGUUGAGACGGUGUAAAGCAUAUAAUUCUCAUCUUGUGUACUUGAUUCAUACAUAAGAUCGUAAAUAUUCGUAGAUCACAUGCAUUUGCGAUUCAUAGUUUUCGACUUAUCAUGGGGAGAUAGAUUCUGUCGAAGCACUGAGGAUGUCUUAAUGCAAGGUCCAAUAUAUUUUGAUAACAAUCACAUUCUUCAAAGCAGAAGAAAAUUAGCUCACAUUUAAGACGCUUUUUCCUUUAAUCGUAUGAUCGUUGAGUCAUAAAGGCUGGCUGGCUUUGUAUUUAUGUUAUUGGAUUUAACCCGUGAAAGUCAUGUUUUUGUUUAGUCAAAAUAUAACACUGACUCACAAGGAGAUAAUCUGUUUUAUUUAACGGAAUAAGGAAACCGAGAAAACUUAAGCAAAGGGGCUAGGAGCCGUAAAUUGAUUUAUUACUCUUAGUGAUCAAGUUUACAAGUGCGUUUCAACUUGAUCAAUGAUUCGAAAUGACGACAAUUUCGCCGAAACAUUCCAGGUUCCUUUGUGCAAAUUAGGAUGCCAUCUGUGGAUGUAGACAUAAAUAAGGGGAAGAUAGGCGUAGAACUUUUAUUAUGUUUAAAUUUUACGACCAAAAUAUGACACAAUCCGCUGUCUGGAAAGAUUGAAGCUCGAAAAGGAAAAACGAAUAUACACAUUGGGUUGUUGAGUCUUGCGUGACUGAUGUUAUGUUACGCGUGAUUGUUUGUCAUGCUUUUAGCUUGAACACGAUUAUGGUUUCUGUGAUCUGUCAAUUUCCCUUUCUUCUAUUGGGCGAUUGUUAUUGUGCCUAAGAUGAUAUGUGCUCUAAAUCCAUAGCAUCGCUCGCGAUUUUGAAAGAUGAACUCCAAUGUUUGCAAACGCUUUCACAUUUGUUAAUGUUUGUUUAUACUGAGGUUCUGCUUAGAGUUAGUGUUAAAUUGUUACCAAAAAUAGAGGUAAGCUUUGUUGUCAACUGCAGCUUUUCCGUGCUCAGCACUGCAAAUGCUAAAUGAGCCUAACAUGAGUUUUAGUUUUCUUUUACUAUUUUUUAACUUUUUUGAUGUUACGCAGAAGAGAAUUGACUACGUGACGUGCUUUCAUUUAGCACUCGCCUAAGGGAGGCUUACAGGCAGAAAUGGUUCAUUGGCUUUUAAGAGAUCGACAACAAUGUGUUGAUAACGGCUAAAUAUUAUUGUUUGAGGUUUCCUGCGUAAUUGGAGGUGUAAACUUAACAAUUAAUUCUUAGAAUCAUUGUGGUCAGAAAUAAAUAAUUAAGUUCUCUGACGUCGACCACAUUAAUAUCCGGAGUGUUUGUUUUGGCGCUGUGUCACAAAUGUGAAAUGCAAAAGCAAAUGCCGCUAGCAAUGUUUUAAUGUGUCUGCCUUUAUUGUUAAAUUUGAAAAGAUCCGAAGCUGUUCUUGAUCAAACUGAUAAGAGCUCCAGACAGGCACAAGGAACUGAAUUACCCUUUGUACUAAAAACCAAAAGAGAACAUAAUCUGUUUCUACGAAAAGUUUUCCUUCUUUCGAAUAUUCAGAGCCUCAGUUCAUUUUUCUAUUGUUGUUAUUUUAUAUUUUUUAACUCCUUGGACAUCCCAAGGGCAAAAGACAAGAAAGGCUCUGGAAUGCUCUUUAUAACGCAAACAUAUUGCGAGGGCUUUUUCUGCCAGAAAAUGGAUUUAUUUUAAUUCAUAGAUAUAUUAAUUUUUGCAACGUCACCCUCUAGGUGUGCCUAAUCAAGAAAAACCGGCUAUUUUAAUUUCCCAUUUAUGAAAGGUUCUUUGUCGUUAUUUAAGUGUUCUAGAUCUUACUGAUUGCCCCUCGAUCGACACCUCUCGCAGUCUGAGAUAAUCGCACGCGAUAAACGUCGAAUAACUUGCCGUCGUGAUUCUUGCCGUACCUCUUUAGUUUAAUACAAGUUGAAUACGAUGUCGUCGCUUUCAUUUGUAAAGCAUAGUUUCAGUUAUAUUCAACUUGAAAGAAAAAUGGAAGGAACAACAUCCUCAACUUCUUAUCACAAAUCAUUCUUCUCUCUACUAAAAAUUCUAAAAUUACUAAGCUAUCGAUACAAACUAGAAAGCUGGUUUUUUCUUUUCCUUCUUCUCCUUUAAGGGCAAAAUUGAUCUUCUUGCUAAUGAAUGUUUUCCUACGUGUUUUAUUCUUUAAGCCCUGACCGUCUUGAAACGUUCUUUCAGUGACGGCUUCAUAUUUUCCUUCACUCUUACGAUAAUUUUCACCUUAAAUUUGUGAAUUUUUUAUUAUUGAAAUUGAAAAACAAUUGCUGGACUGACAAGAACAUCUCUUAUUGGGGGGAAGGGGUGGGGACUUUUGGUAAGAAGUCAUAUUGUAUAAAGUUCUCAAAAUGGUAGGUAAAAUUUUGGGCGUGCAGUGAUAUUACGUAAUAUCUUAAAAGUGGCUGCUACUUUGGCUUACAAAAAGGAAGCAGUUUAGUGAUCAAUAAUUUUACCACCCCUCUCCUAACACAAGAUUCAUGGAAAUCAAACUACACCAUUCUAGAAAUGUAGCGAACGAAUAUUUUAACAAAAGUAACUAGAAGUGAUCGAAUAUUUUGCAAAAAUAAGUGAUUUAGGGUUAUUCAGUUUAAAUCCAUUCUUUAAAGAACAGUUACCUCUUAGUUCAGGAUAAACAAAAUUUGGAGUGAGUGAAAAGUUAUAUUGGUGGGAACGCUCUUACUGUUAAUGUCAAUUUUACGUUCGUGCAGCUGAGACAGGAAAAACGAGUACUUAGAGGGAAAAGAGGGCUCCCUUGGCACUGCCAUAACCGUUAUUGUAUCUGUCAGCUUGGGUAGCAUAGCAUUGGGAUUACUUCAAGUUGCUUUGUAAACAGGUCAAUUGAAAAAGGAAGUGUGUUUACCUUUUAACUCUCAUGAGUGAUCAAGACAGAAUUUUUCCUUCUCCUUAAUUGAUCCAAUAUUCAAUUUUCCGAACUGACGUAAGGCAAACAAUAAGGAGAAUUCAGUCCUUAUGAGAUCUUGGGUGUGAAAGGGAUAAUAAUAUGGUUACCCUCUAAGGAGGGUAACUGUUACUCUUCUCUGUAUGAUAAAUUAAAAAGAUUAUGUCUUACUUCAAAAUGUUGUAGCCACUACAGUACUGUGGACAAAACCAGCCCCAAGUUGGACCCAAACGGAUUCAAAUGACAUCAGAACAGUUGAUAUUCAAGUGUUGAAGGGCAGCACCCACAUACAUCUCAGUUGGAAUUACACUUUGUCAGAAGGUUCAGAUCUGAAGACAACAACUUUUUCCAUCAAUGAUGGCAGCAGCUGGAAUGACAUUGGAGUUAUAUACCAUGCUGACAAUGACAUUGUGAUAUAUAGCAAAAAUAAUUACAGGACGCGAUUUAAUAUCAGCGAUAGUAAUGUGGCCACCCUGAUAUUAAAAAAAGUGACUGAGGAUGAACGAGCAACUUUCCAAUGCAAGCUCUCCACGCUAAGUAACUCUUGGACCUACAGUAUUCUCGUGAAUUUUACAAGUAAGUGUCAGUUUGGUGAUAUCCAUCUUAUUACAUCCGACGCAUUGUAUAAAACUCCAGUCUUAAAUCACUCUCGUUACUUUUUAUUGUUUAAUUUACCAACCAACCCCAACUGUGUCUCUUUGAUAAAAAUGUCUGGUUUUGGUAUCCGUACUUCCCCUCUGUAUUCAAUCUGUCGCAAGAUAUACUACUACCAUGACCAAACUUUCGAACCCAGUGUCGAGCUUUGGAAGGAUUUGCUAUUUUUGAUCUUCAGUCAAGACCCUUUAUAGUUACAGUAGCUGGUAGCCCCACCAAAAUGUUAUGGGGUCGAGGGCUACCCGGAGUGAUCAGCAAGCUACAGUUAUAGCACGCGUAGCUGUUCGCAUGUCUGAGAAAGUUAACAGAAAAAGCGCCCAGUUUUUCUUAAAAUGACCCCAAGUGCCCCAAAACUAUGCAAAACAGCAUAACCCAAAAACCAGCGUUAAAACAUUCUUAUAACCACGCCGGUAAGGCAAUGGUCUUUGUAUUAUCUCCUUAGAGUCAAAGAGUCUCAAUUGGGAGUGUAUAUCACAUAAAAAGCAGAACCAUGUGCAAUUUCCGCUUUGAAAGUGCAAUAGUCUGACGUAUGGGAAGAAUGGCGGUUUAAAUUGAUUUAGAAUUGACGAUUUUGGCUUAUUUUUUUGCCAGAGCGACAUCUGAAUUGGGUGGAGCGACCGUUAUCUGUUGUUGCUGUUGAACGUCACAACCUCACCCUUCGGUGGACCUAUAUGAAGAUACUUGACCUAGCGUCGUCAUUUCGAGAAGCAGAAUUUACUGAUCUUAGCAGCGGGGAAAAAACCAUUGCAGAAAAAGUGUUAAAUACUGCACCAAUCGUACAUACAGCUUAUAGACCUCGAUUUCAUGUGGAUUAUAUACAAGAUACUAUGGCGUCUAUAACAAUUGUUGGACUGAAAAGAUCAGACAGAGGAAGAUAUAGAUUUGAUGUUAAAACCCUCAGGGAGGACAUCAACGAACUGAACACGCUCUCCAGUAUCCUGGAACUCACAGUGCAUUGUAAGUAAACAAACAAAAGCUGUGUUUGGUCAUGUAAAAUGUGGCCUAUAUCUCUAAAACCAAGGUGUUUUUUUACUCAGUAUAAUGCGUAUCAUAACCAACGCAAGUUGUAACUUCAUUGGGAUGGAUCGUCAUUAUUGUGAUUGUGAUUAUCGUUAUCCUUUUUGCUUCAUCAUUAUCGUAAAGGUCAUCGAUAUCAUUAUCGUUACUUUCAAUUCUUUUCUGCAUUCAUUUUUUCGUUGUCGUUGUUGCUAAAUUCGUUUUCUUCCUCCUGCAGAAAGUGACAACGUUUACAUUUUGGGCGAUACUUGUCGCUGUUAAUUUAGGAUCAUUGUAUAUAUACGUAGCUUUUGCCAGACAGCGUGUUAUAUAACUUUCUCGUAUGGUGUUCUUUUAUUUUUGUGUUAAAUAAGCGCGGUCGCAACUAGUAAAGCAAUGUGUGGAUUUGACUUUAACGAUAGUUUACUCGUUCUCUCUCUACUUUUUCUAACUAGUAAAAUGUGAUUUAUUUUCAGAUGCGGCGAACAUGACCAAUGUUAGCGACCACCAAACUGUGCAAGAAGGAUCUUAUCUUCAACUGUUAUGUCAAGCAUUUGGCAAUCCAACCCCAAACAUAACGUGGACCAAAGUGCUUGAAAAUAGUAACGAUAGUAAAGUGCUGCAUCAUGGAACCCAUUGGAAUUUAACAAAAAUUAACAGAACUGCUUCUGGUUUAUACAACUGUACAGCUGAUAAUGGAAUUGGAAAUCCAGUGUGGCGGCUGAUAAAAGUCAAUGUUACCUGUAGGUGUAUCAUACCUUGUCACCGCUUUGAUUGGCAUUGAGAAUUUUAAUUCCCAUUAUUUUUCCGUCUCCCAAAACGUCUGGUAAACCAAAAAAUGCCUCGGUUGACGUUCAAGAAGUAUGAGUGAUAAAUAUCUUUAAUAAGGUACUUCAAAAAAACCUCUUGACCGGGUGAAAGCAUUUGUGAAAAGUACUCUUGUCGGCGUCAAGGACUGACGUUUCGACGACAUAUACAGAAACUGAAAAGUUGCUUGUCAAAGAUAGGUGAAAGGGUUAUGGUAAAUGUUCGGCCCGUUUUACUGUGAUCUUGUUUGCUACAAAAGUUAAUCAGCGUCAGCAAUUCAUCCUUACAGCAGACGCUAGCUGAAGUGGAUUAUUUUUACUCUUCUCUGCUUGUUUUUGUUACUUAGAUUCUGCUAAGGUUGUUAAACUUGCUCGCGAACAUCACGUUUCAGUACAAAGAAGUGUGCGUCUUCACUGCGAAGCCGAAGGAAAUCCUCCGCCUGCUUACACGUGGUUCCCUUGUGAUUCACAGACCCAAGUAUGUCAUGAGAGCACACUUACUGUUUCCAACGCUCUUAACUACGCCGUGUACUCUUGCAAUGUGGCAAAUGUUUUGGGCAAUGAUACAAGAGAGACCAAAGUUGUUGAUUGUUGCUUUUGAUUAAGCGAUGCUAACUUAGAGUUAUGAGGAAUUUUUACAUAGCUUCCUUUAUGAAAAUUUAAUAACAACUUCGCAGAUCUCCUUUGGUAUAACAAACGAUCACUGAAUGCAACUUAUUCCUAAAUGUAUUUAAACCUGAUCAUCACCUGCAAAUAAUUAUAUAUAUUCAAGGAAAGUUUAAUCAUACUCGGCCAAGCACUGGAAUAGCUAAUAUUAUGAAAUGAUUAAGAUUUCAGGGGGUCAUAAUCAGUCAUAUCUUUCUUUGUGGAAACCCAUAAGUCAUCAUGCUAGCCAUACCAUGCUGACGAGGCUCAGCAAGACUGAAAUAGCUGACAUAGUUGUUAACUCGGUGUCUUAAUUUUCCCGCUUAUUUUCUUUGAAAAAGACCUCACUUGACUUCCAUUGUUGCCGCUGUGUCGCCUCCAGUAGCAUAACACAGCUUUAAACUAAUGUUGCUUGUUUGUUUUAUCAAAUAGUUAUAGCAGGCAAUGUGAUAAAUGUGACACUUUAUCUGAAUCCGUGUUGUGGAAGAACCUCGAACAAAAGGUAACUAUUAGGCAUGUGACACCACCACACACGUAAAUAGAUACCUUUAUUCAGCAGAACGGUGAUGAUGUACAUAUGGGGUUCGCACUGUAUAAUUUUGCUAUCGUUUCUUGUAGAUUGAGGACCUAUUUAAAAAUGAAGGAUACAGGAGCACAGAAUUAACAAAUUACAGGUAUGUAGGCGAAAUGAAUUAUUACCUGGGUAAUCUGUCCUUUUUAUGUAUUUAGAAAGAUGUUGCUGUGGACUUACUGUGACUCAGGCAAAAACAUGAUGUAUUACAAUAGCUGGAAUUCCUACCCUACUCUUUACGAAAUGUCUGCAGGUUAUUUUUCAGUCCUCUGUUGAACUUAUUACAUUGAGGAUGCACGAGAAAGGGGCCUAAGGUUUGCAGCCAGUUACUCUGAGAUACUAGAAAGUCUUAAGGAUUUACAGCUGUUCUUAUAAGUAGACCUGUUUUUAAAUUCUUGUUUUUGUUCUGAUCCUCCAAGGUGUGGUAGUGUGAUUGUUGAUUUGGCCUUGAAGUUCAAUUCCUCUGUUAAAGAAGAGAAGGUGCUUUCAAUGCUAAAAGAUUCUUCAGAGAAUGGAGGGCUGAAAGAGUUGGGUGUAAAAGCUUCAGAAAUAGUAGGUUGGCGACCCGGAAGGCCAACUGAAGGACCCAACAGCUCAACGUAUGGCACAAAAUCUACUGAAAAUGCAUGUAAGUAGGAAUGAAAAGCGAGGAUAUCACUAGGACCAGUCCAGGACAUUAUUAGUUGCUGUAAGAUGUGGUGUGUUAUAAUUUUUUUAAUCACCUUUUAAAGUUGAUAACUUACAAGUAUAGAUAAAUCGAUGCCACUAUUGUCUCCGGAGGGGAAUCGAUUCGUUGGUAAGGCAAGCUCCUGACGUAAUUAUAUUUGCUAGGAUAUUCCGAAGUGUGGCCAACAAUAUCAAUUUUAAAAAACACUACAUGAUGGACGAUUUUUGUUUUCUUCUGUCAGAUAUAGUAAUGUUAAAAGUAGAAAACAUGAAAAACUGCUGAAAGCUUUGGCUACUUAACCUUUUUCAGCAUUGUGAUUUGCGACUCGUGACUCUUUACAUUCGCUAGCCAGUGAAUUUAAACUUGUUUGUGCUUGCAUUAAAUUGAAUGCCUCAGCUUUACAUUAGUUACAUUUACAUUACUUCCUUUCCUCAGCAUCCGCUGUACCUUCCGAACUCCUUGCUCAGAGCGGGGAUAACCAAGGUCUUAAGAAUUAGAUGAUUGUUGUUAUAGCUGGUGUUUCUGGUCUUGUCCUCCUCUUUGUCGUUAUAUUCUUACUUUGUUGGAUCAGUAAAACUCAGAAGAAGAAGAAGAAGGGCUCCGGAGGUAAGAAAAUCACGCUAUAAGUAUUACCAUUAGUGUAACACUGACACCACUAUCGUUUCAUCUUCCGCGAUUUGGAAGCAUUUUUAAUUAUGGUAUUUUUUUUUAUUUUUAUCCCCCCCCCCCUACCCCGCGGGGCGAGAAGGUUCAUGUAAAAGUAAAAGCCGCUACCAAAGCUGUUUUCCUCGACUUUGAACAUACAUGUCCAAUGUUGUUGUGUAAAUCAAGUUGGUGUCGAUUACAUCAAAAGCUAAGAGAAACGCGACUUAAGUUUGUGCCUGGUAUUCUCUUUACUUUGGGUGACAAUACGAGAGAUGGUUUCCCUUUGCUGAUACUCAACGACCACGUGAGCUUCAUGCUAAUUACUUUCAGACCUCUUUUUUAUUAUGAAUAAUUUCUUCGAGUUUACGAUGUAACAUAGUUUAAUCUGAUGAUAGUAACGGGCAUGUCAUAUUAACAAAUACUUAUACAUUUCUUUUUGCUUUCUUUCAAGAUGAAGCCGUUGACAUGUCGACUACUUCGAGGUAAAUUUUACUUUUUUCUGUUGUGAUACUUUUCAUGCGAAAGAGCGCUGUCAAAUCUGCUUUCGCUUUUUACAGGUAAAGUAAAAUUGGUUACCGGGUUUGAUCGACUAGUUUUAUUAAUUCACCAACAGACGCACCAAAUUGCGGUAAUUACAACGUUUGGCUCGCAAUCAACAACUAAUUACGUUUGUGUAGCUCCAAAUAAGCGAUCAAACGGAUCACUAAGAGAUGAAAAGUACGGCCAGGUCGCUUAGCUAGAGUGACAUUGGCGGCGUUAAAGGGUAAAUUUCCCACUUUCAAAGGCGAAUUUCAUUUGGUGAGGAGGAUCUCAUGCUGAUAAGAACACUCUUGAGGUUACUUUGUUAUACAUCAUUUACUUCAUACAAAUUGACGUUGGCGGAAGGCAAUGUUUGAUAUCUGUGAUUGUAGCUAUUUGAUACUGGAGAGAGCCUUUUUGUUGGAGUCAAACACAUUCUCCAGUUUUUGUGAUUCGCUUUAUUCAUUCGUCCGUUUCUUUUUUCUUUUUUUGUUUAGGUAUGUAAAGAAUGGCCCCCACCAUUCUGACAAGCCUAGCUCUCGCAGGGAAUCUAUUGAAGAUGAUCCAUUCAUUGCUGCGUCCACUUAUUCCCAGAAUUCAGUCGAUAGAAGGGACAGGAAGAGAGAUUCCAGUGUCAACUAUGGAUACCAACCAGACGGUAGAGAACUUAGGCUUAAGCCAACAUUCUUGAUCCAUAUGAUGCCUUAUAAGGCUAACCGUACAGAGUUUUCUUGAUAACGUUGAAUGUGGCUGUAAUUAAUGUUAAGUGUUUUCAUAGGAACAUAACUCAGAUCGCAGCCAUAGUUUAUUCCAGUUCCUGAAGCGUGAAGUUAGCCGGUUUGUUGGCUGCUUUCUGUGGAUGGGAUGUUAGCUCGUUGAAGUUAUCCCCUUUACCCAAUAUUUCGUCUGGUUUCUCUGACUAUUCACCGGUUAUCCUGUGUUGUUAUGUAGACAACUGCCUGGAGAGGGGUACCGCGUGAAGUAAGUGUCUUACCUUAAAAUACAACACAUUGGCACAGACCAUACUUUGAACCCCAACCUGUUGAUUCUCUAGGAUUUUUUUUAAGCGUUACUAACGUGCCUAAUGUAAACGGAAAAAUUGGUAUGCCUGAUCAACCAUUCGCGUAAACAGACGGCUCUUGUUGCAGCCAUCUCGACACUAUAUUUCUUUUCUUUCCUUCCCACGAGGUUGUCAAUUUAGAAAAUAGGUUAAAAUUCUUUAUGUACAAAUAAUGCAUCAUUGUGCAAAUACUCUUUUACAGUCGAAUCUGGUUGUUGCUAAAUAUCAAAUUCGCAAGCAGUUAUAAAUUUCUCUGUUUUCUUUCUCCCCCUCCCCCCUCCCCACCAUCUUUUUGUCUAUCUUAGAUUCAGAUCAACCACAAGGUGAAUGCUGCUAAAAUCAGGCUCCCGUCUCCCCAAAAAUGACCGUCUUACGCAAAGUACGGAGAGAUUGAUGUGACCUCCACAUAUUUAGCGAAAGGACCACAGAGAGAUUGCAGUCCACUUCUCUCCUACCACAGACCACCCUCUUAUGAGGAAGCCUCGAAACAGAAAGAUCGAAUAAUGAUGACUGAACCAAGGCCGAGUACAUCCACAGGCGGCAGGCAGAAGCGACGGAAAAGUCCCCCGGAAGACAGGUUUCUGUAUCACCAUGUACUACAUUCACGUACUCUCUAUAAGUACCUCUAUUCAACUCUCUCCUCUAAGGCCACUCAAUUCUUUUGCGUCGCAGUGAAUGGCUUCUUUCUUCCGAGCUUUGCUUUGCAGUGCUUUGUUAUGCUUUGCUGUGUUCUGUUGUGUUUGCUCAGGUCAGCUGUACUCCGCUUUUUCAUGCUCUCUUGUGAUGUGCUCCACAGGGCUGUGGUAGGCUGUAGCUACGUAAGCCAACCUGCUAUCACCGAGACUCCCAUCAAUUUUAGAACAUACCAUCCCAAUGAUCUUCCAAUUUUCCUUCACAGACGUUAGGACAACGUCUAUCAUCUCUUGGAAUCCCUAAUGCAUAUGUCGGAUUAUGAUUGUCAUAUUGUACACAGGGCAGAAGAAGCCAGUGUAGCACCAAGUGAAAUGAGGUCUAAUCAAGACGGACGUAGAAGUGACAAAGAGAAAGGACCUCUUGAUCCAACGGCGAUAUAUGCCAUGCCAGACAAGAAAAAGAAGUUGGAUUAACAAAGUCCUGCAUCCCUUGAAUCGGUUUUUGGUAAGAUGAAUUGAAACUAAAAAAAAGAAUAAGAUUAAAUUGAAAAUUACACAUUUUAAUAGUGCUGGAAGGAGAGCCUACUACUCAAAGGUGUAUGGCAGACGUCUUCUCGAAUGCAUCAAACAUUUCCCUCUGCCUGGUGUUACUUAUUUUACCCACUUUUUACUUGAGUCGUCUUACUUACAAAUCUUCCUUAAAGAAUUUAAGAUGUUCAUGAUCGUUUCCACCUACUCUUUUUCGUCGCUAGACCCUUUCAAAGCGAAGGACAAAUCUGCUAAAGGACCAAUUCUACAUAAUCCUGGCAACUUGGAUCUUGAUGGCCCCGCUAAUGCAUCUACAAGUGAGGGGCCAAGAAACUUAAUAAUCCCUAUUGAAAUGUUACCUAGCAACAGCCAAACGCCCCAAAAAGAUGAUACAUGAGUCGUCUUACUUACAAAUCUUCCUUAAAGAAUUUAAGAUGUUCAUGAUCGUUUCCACCUACUCUUUUUCGUCGCUGGACCCUUUCAAAGCGAAGGACAAAUCUGCUAAAGGACCAAUUCUACAUAAUCCUGGCAACUUGGAUCUUGAUGGCCCCGCUAAUGCAUCUACAAGUGAGGGGCCAAGAAACUUAAUAAUCCCCAUUGAAAUGUUACCUAGCAACCGCCAAACGCCCCAAAAAGAUGAUACAGGUAGGUAACCAAGUGUUAAAUCUACGGGGUCGACUAAAGUACCAAAAAAAAAAAGGGAGAGAAGUUCGAGAGUUUAUUUCCUGCGUUAAGAAAUAUCUUAUGAUAACCUCGAGCUGUGGUGUUAUAACUUAAAAAAUCUUUUCCAUGGCUUAUCUGUUCUUUUCCGGAGCCUUCCGUGGUCGCGUGAGGGCUCUUGACCAAUAAGGGUCAGUGUUAUAAAGACGUCGUUUGAUAUCAUGGCCACAUAUGAUACAAAAGUGAAAUAUUUCCAUUAAGGAACGAUCCACAUUUGCAGUCAUACUUCCGACUUUGCAACUACGAAGACACAGUGUGUGAUAACUAAGUGUUAUUGUUCUUCCUUCAGCCUUGACAACUGAAAAGUUUACUUACAUCUAGUGUUAUUUCCACGCAGAAAAUGGAAAAUCAGAGCCUUCAUCACCUCUUUAUUUCACUAUGGAAAAACGUCCACGGAACAGUUCAAGCGGCGUUGCACGUUAUCAGCCGGAGCGGAGUAAACUGGUAAAGUUCAUGGAAUAAGAUAGAUUUUUCAUUUCCGAAGUUAACUUUUACUCCACAUACUCCAAAAUAAUCAUGUACUUUGAAGUUGAUCAAACACAGAGACGAUUCUCUCGUAAAAAAACAUAGCUUUGACAUACGAUGCUCUGAUGUUUAUGAUAUACCAGCCAAACAAGAGGAGAAAAUUAUAUUUCUUUCCCUCACCUACUGCGCAAAAUCUUGCGUUUAGCCGGCAAGCUUCUCUAUUCUAUGGACCAGAGGAGACAUACUUACCUUUGUAAAACUCAGUUUAUGAAACAUGGAGUGUAUGAAGGAAAGGAACACCAAUUUUCUUUUCUGCGCGUAUCAUAAGAAAUAGUUGGGGAUGAUAAUUGUUCAGCCCUGUUAUGCUCGUGAAGGGAAAGGACUCUUGUAAUGUUUUCAAGGUUUCUUUAGAUCCUAUCACCUAAAUUGUAUCCGAACAAUUGGGUCCUAACACUCCAGGUCAAAGUGGCCCUAGUUCUUUUGUUGUGGUAGGAUAUCGCAUAAAUUUGCUUAAUUAUUGUUGACAUGUUUUUGUCAUAAAUUCCGAUCUUUUUCCCUUUAAUCCUGCAGCCAUAUAGGAAUGUCCGUGGAGAACUUGUGAGACCAGAUACACUAUCACGAACCUCACAAGACUCGCACGACAUAAAACCAGAAACACUUCCAAACCAGUCGAAGCCCGUUGGGUCCCAGACUCACAGUAGGGAAUCAUCGGAUGCAAGCUACAUCACCUACGUGGUCUGAUGGCGCGGUAAUCUGUCUUCCAAACAGGUCACUAUUGUUGCUUUGAACCCAAGACAUCUAAUUAACGUCCAUACAAGUAUCAAUAACAGCUAUGAGCCCAUCUGAGUACAUAGCUUUCAGAGCUGCAGAAUGACUUCAUUCAAGGAAGACAACUUACGUCCACAUGGCCAGCCUUAAAUUCCAUCUUUGGGCCUGAUUCACUCAACUGGCCCGAUCUAACGAAAAUCUAACGAAAUUCAAAAAAGACUUAACCGUGAACUUAGACAUACUUAUGUACAAUAAAGUUACCGAAGGAAUAUUGCUUGCCAUUAUAUCCCAAGUAAGUGAAAGGUGAAUUUCGUAGAAUGGCUAAGUGCUGGUUUCCGCUAAACAUUCCGAGUGUUUGCCGUUACACAGACGAAUACAGCGGCUUUGGGGUAUCACAUUUUUCAACCAAAGGGAUACAAUGCAUUUUGACCUUUCCGUAAGUUAAAAUGUUUAUAUUUGUGAAAAAUGCUUUGUGUCGCACAUAAAUGCGUAACAACAUCAAAAUAUAUAAUUAAGAAGGAAACCAACAACUGAAGAAAAGGUAACAUUCAUUAAGUACAUCAAUUUGUGGAAUUUUCGGUUUCAUUAAUAGAGACAUUCUUAUUCUCUCGGUAGUCAAUAUUAAAAAGAAGCUUCCAAAUAUUGUUUCUCAAACAAUUUGACUCGAAUUUUGGUGCACUGUAUGUUAAUAGUAGAGAGGUGAUUAACUUAAUUUUGUAGAGCGUUUCUUUCUUUCGGCAGUUAGUAUCAGGCUUUGGAAGCCGUGGUGAAUAGGAGGCAAUUGAGAGAAAUUCGACCAAGGGUUUUUUUUUUGUUAUUCGUUUUGCUACUAUUAAAUAGAAGCAGUAUGUAUUGAAACAGUUUAUUCACCUCCAUGUUGUUAUGAUGAUGGAUAUAUUCUUCACUUUUGGUAUAUAUAAUUUUGAUAGGAAGCGUUCGAAGGCAAAUGCCUCAGUAAUAUUCUGUCAGCUGCUGCUGAAGUUUGUUUCAAUCACACUAUCAGUUAGAGAUAACCAUAGGUAAUUUUGUGAGAUUAUAUUGCUUAAUAGGAAAUCUUUAUUUUUGAUCAGUUCGAAAAAGGGCUAUAAAUUUUAAUAAUAGAAAUAAAAUAUUCAGAGUAAAAAUGUUGUCACCAGACUCUUAUUAAUAACCCCUUAAUCCUCUAGAAAAGUGAUGUGAGGGAGGGACGUAGUUCAGUAUGAUUAAGUCAUUUGUUUAUCUCUAUUAUUUCGAUGCAAUUUGAAUUCAAAAUAUGAAGUUAUUUGGGUUCAAGUUAUCGCGAUAAGUUUCCUGAUUGCGACAGCCUUGUUGUGUUCUACGUAGAGAAUGCAUACCAUUCAUGUUCUUUUUCAGUCUCGCGGGUUUCAUGAUAUUCCGCAGGUAUCGAUCCGAAGCCAGACCGUUUCAGCUUAUCGACGCCAUUUUGGACCACCUCAAUUUCAUGCAAGAGCUUUAGAUCACGCUGGCUAAGUGAGAUUCCGCAGGUUGACUCGCUUCGGUUUUGACGCCUUGUAGUAAAAUUGCACCCAUUUGAUCAAACGACUAGAUUCAUUACAAAAUUGGGCUUUGAGCCAUGCCACAAUUUGCUGUACGAAAGUAUAAUUCCAAAUAAAACAGUAAGGAAUCAUAUUUUGGCUCACGCAGUUAGAGAUUUAUCCGGUUGAUUGGAAGCAUUAAGUAAGUUGUUGUUCUUCGUUAGAUGCUUAUAAAAGUCUUAAGGUUAGUGUUCUGACAUCAAAUGUUUAAUGUUUUAAAGUCAGUUGGCCAGCAUGCCAACUCUCCUACGGAUAGUGAAUACCAAUGUGUGUACGUAAGAGUGAGUGGUCAGUGAGAAUCAGAGAAAGAAAGUGAUCGUUCAGAGUUAUGAGUCGGUCGACCAGAGUUUCCCGAAGUAAGUAAGAGAUAAUGGGAUUUUAUUAGUAAGUCAGAUUCAGUGAUUAAAGAAAAGAGUGAAGCAAAAUUAAUGUAAUUAGAAUGGUAUAGGGUAUAGAGAUUAAAAAGCCUGAAAAUGACAGGUCGCGAGCUUUCGUUGCCUUUGCUAGGCGUGGUGCGCUCUGGAGGCAGUUUCUCUCGUCAGUGCGACCCAAAACAAGUUAAUAGUAAGGGAAAUGGAAAAAGGAAACUUUUGGAUAUUUAUACAAAAUCUUAUAUAAGUAUUUCUUUAAUAAACGACUGGACAGUGCCGGGCUAACGCAAGGUACUAUGACAAGUAUGUAUACGUAAUUGGAGAUUCUGCGUGUCUCAAAUGUACAGAACGGAAUUUAAAAUCUCUGAUCAUGAGAAGAUGGGCAAAUACUGAGAGAAGAAGCAUGCUAGAAACUGUCUUCCCCUUUUUUCUUUUGAUUUUUUAUUUUUCUGCCUAAAGUCUCACUUUUUCUCCUCUAACAUUCCACCCUGACUUUGACCUUUUUGGACAAAGUUUACUGUUUUCAAUAAAUUGACAUGAAUGGUUUUUCGGGAACAGUGAUAUGCCUAAUUUAAGAGCCGCGCAUCGGAAUUUUGGAGGAGUGAUAUUGGAUAAUUGUUGGGCGAGAUUCAAAGCUAAAAUAAUAUUUUUCCACACGGGAUCCGAAGGUUUUAAGAUCUAGGAAAGCCCUACUUAGUGUAAAAGAAAAAUCAAGCUGUUACCUUAAACGAGCGGAAGUGGCCGUUUCAGUUCAGUUUUCACAUCUUGUGAGAGGUCUUGUCGAACUCACAUAUACGUGGAAGGUUCACCAGUUUGCAACACAUUAGCCAUAACAGAUCGUUCUUAAUAAGUCCCGCGAUCGAAGGAAAUAAAUCGGACUCCUUAAGCCUUCCUUAAGUAUAAUGCGUAGCAUAGCAUAACACAAAACUUUUGAGUUGAAUCACCAAACCGAGGUCGACCCCAGGGUUCGUGCCGCAGAGACAAAUAUACGUCUGCAUGGUUAUUUUCUUGUUGAAAGCAGCCGUAAACAGACAUUCGGUAAUCUAAAACCUAUGGAGUUCCUGACAGGAAUAUGCAACUUUUAUCUGCUGCUACAUAUCCUUGUUCGGGAAGUAUGUAAGUAUCUUUAACUUGUGAAGCAAAUACGUACACGUAAUGUGAGACCCUAUUCAGAAGCCAAACUCACAAAUUCAAAAUGUAAGCCUUCUGACUCAGAAGCGAAACUUAGGAAGCGUUCCCCGAUCGAUCCUCAUACAUUUCUUUAAUAACUGGAUCAAAUUAUAUGAUAAUUUGUGAAUUUACUUCGACACAUGAAAAGUUCAGAGUUUUAACUAGGCAUGGCCUGCUUCAGAUUUUACUUCGUAGGAAGUAACAAAAACAUUCUCAGAUACUUGUUCGUUAUGUUUCACAUUUUUUGCAAGAAACACUAUCUUAUCCCGUGGAGUUUUUCUCAAAUAUAUCACGCGACAAUUACAAGUAUACGAGGUAAAGUAGGGAAAUCGUUUUAUUUUACUGUGGCAAAGUAUAUGCGAAAUAACAAUUAGAGCCUAUUUAUAUCUUUUAACUCAACAUGUUAUUCAGAAUAAAUGAUUUGCCACAACAGGAAUUUUUGAUUAUCUCACAUAAUCAAUUGAGGCCAUUCACAGAAAUCUGCAGUUCAUAGAAAUCUAUUGAUAGUCACGAAACGUCUCACAAGAGUUUCAAACAUCAAUCGAGUUUUGACGCACUAUUUCUUUUUAGUUAGUUUUGCUUGGCGCUUGGCUGAUAGAGCUUCAUCUAUGGCUGAAGUAUCAAAUGGAAUUUAAUCUUUUCAACCAAUGGCUGAAAAGAUUAAAUUCCAUUUCCAAGAGUUUUGUGACUAAAACUCUCAAUUUGGGAAGAACAUUCCUAAUUCAAUUGGGAAGCUUUGUUUGUAUUAGUGAUUUCAAAGGGCACUUCGUUCAUAAAAUAUUUUAAUCGUGUAGCUUUGGUUUAUACCCGAUAUACUAGCACUCUGAUUAGCUAAGAGUGAGAUCAGAAUUACGGAUUAUUUAAAUUAGGAAGAGCUCUGUGGUGGCCAUCUUCUGUUUUCUAAAAUCUGAGCAUAGGAAAAUGAUGAAGCUCAAUUAAGAGUCUGAGAGAGUAAAUUUAAUUACAGACAGUUAUGAAUUUUGAGGAACAGAGUAGAUGCAGUUUUGAAUUUCCUUAGAGAUUGUACUGGUCAUGGAUGAAGUGAUUAAAUAAGGAUAUAUUCAAUCUCACAUUUAAUACUUGCAUUGGAAAGCUGUUAGGGACAAGAUAACACUUCAACGGGAUUAUUGCUUAACAUUUUGUGAUUAAGUUGUUUUUGACUUACCAGCCGGUAACCUGUGUGAGCACAAGUAAAGAACAAUCAAAGUUUGCCUUGUCAUAUACAGGCCCCAAUCGCUAGCUUUAUCUUGGAUGUAUUGUUCAGCAGUUAUUUGUUUGUUUUAGAUUCAAGAGCAUCUCACUAAGUCUUCUUCAAACUUGCAGUGAAUUUAUAUCAAGUCCAUUUUGUAUUUGUCUUGUAUUAUAAACUCAUUAUGCAGUGUGCUUUUGUAACAAUAGCGAUAAAUUGAGCAAAUGAGGAGUAAUUGGACAAAUAAUUAUAUAUAAGUUGAUUUGAAAGUGUAUGGCUAGUUUGAUUUCAAAAGUGUCUUGCUCCAACGUAAACCAAACAGGAGUGAUUUAUUCAUGAUGAAAGUUAUUAUCAUACAGAAGAGUUGAGCAAUGAAAGCAAUGGAUCACUUGCCAUUGGCUUUGGUGACCAGUGAACUGCUUAUAACAAAAUGUAAUUUAUUUUUCAUGCCUGUACAACUGCUGCUUGGGAAGCUAACUUAGUGAAACCAUUUCAUCAAAGACUUGAAACAAGGACCGUGCAGCUGUUACAAAUGCUCUAAUGAUAUUAACUGAUUAAGUUUGGAACCUGAUUAAAGUAAAUCCAGGAUUGCAAACCAUUCAAUAUUUGGGUAAUUCUUGUAGGCUGUGUAGAAAUUGAUCAUUAUGCUACAUCAGUGCAAGAUUCAUUCAAGUCUGCUUUAGCAAGUUUUAUUUGCUCUGUGUAAAGCUAAAGGGACAUAUUUUAAUCAUCCACUAUUCUUGCAUAAAUGGUUGGAAUGUUGCACAGGGUACCCAUUCCAUUCCACCAAUUCAUUCCAAAAUGACUGGCUUUCUUUUUUGGAAUAUUUUGAUAAGCAAGCCUCCUUCAUCUUCCCAAUAUACUUGCUGAUAAUAAAAUUAAAUGAGUUUAGUGUAGUUGUAGUAAAGGGAAUUUCUCCUGGUACAACUUUUAAAAUAACAUGUUGAGAAUGUUAUUUAAUUAACAGUGUCUUUAUUGAAAUAAAAAGCACAUGAAAAGUUUUAGAGAGUCCUUUGUUGUUAGGAGGUUAGAGGUUGUUUUCACCUAUGUAAGCAAAAACCCUUACAAAUCUUUCAAGCUCUGUAAACUUCCUGAGUGCUUCUUAUUUUCUUUUCUUCUUAUCAUGUCCAAGAUCUUGUUAAUAAUUCUCUUUCUGUCUGCUAUACAAUUCUAGGAUGCUAUUUCUGAGAACUUGGUGUUGAAUCAAGUAAUAACACCCUAAUUGAUAUUUUUCUUUAUUCUCAUCACUUUUCUAUUUGAUAUUGUUUUGAUGCUGUAAGGAGAAAUUCUGUCAUGGUCACUCAUGGGAGUUAAUAGGUUCAAAUAGAAGAAUGCUUCAACUCUUAGAAGUUGUCAUCUCCACCGUUGAAAUGGAGAAAAAAACUUGAUUAAAAUUCUCUACCUACCAUGUUUUGAGAUUUGAGUUCCUAAUUGAGUAAAGCAAGCUGGGAAUUUCUCUUGAUGGUCUUUUAUCCUUAUACAGUCAUUAAAACUUCCCUAGGUAAAAAUAUAAGGUGGGAUCCCGCCAAUCCCACCUGGGAUCCCAGGUGUGUCCCGGGUGGGAUCCCGCCUUUUUCAGGUGGGAUCCCGGGUGGGAUUAUGGAACAUCCCGCAUGGGAUCCCACCUGGGAUUAUGGAACAUCCCGCAUGGGAUCCCACCUGGGAUUAUGGAACAUCCCGCAUGGGAUCCCACUUGGGAUUAUGGAACAUCCCACAUGGGAUCCCACCUGGGAUUAUGGAACAUCCCGCAUGGGAUCCCACCUGGGAUUAUGGAACAUCCCGCAUGGGAUCCCACCUGGGAUUAUGGAACAUCCCGCAUGGGAUCCCACCUGGGAUUAUGGAACAUCCCGCAUGGGAUCCCACCUGGGAUUAUGGAACAUCCCACAUGGGAUCCCACAUGGGAUUAUGGAACAUCCCGCAUGGGAUCCCACCUGGGAUUAUGGAACAUCCUGCAUGGGAUCCCACCUGGGAUUAUGGAACAUCCCCCAUGGGAUCCCACAUGGGAUCCCGCCUUAAAUUCCUAAUAGCAUCCUACCUGGGAAAGCACAUCCUGGGCAGGAUUAAACCUAGAAUCCCACCAAUCCCUCUUGGGAUCCUGCCUCAAAUUUCAGAUAUUUUCCCACCUGGGAAAUCAUAUCCCAGGCGGGAUUGCAUCUGGGAUCCUGCCAAUCCCAGUUUAGACCCUGGAUAAAAUUACAGAUGGCUUCCCACUUUCAGAAAAAUCCUUUGAGGGAUCCUGUUUAUCACUGGAGAGCACAGAUUUAUGAAAUAGGAUAUCUUAUCAAUUCCUUUUGUAACCUAAUCCGUAAAAUUAAGAGGAUAAAAUUUUCUAGGUGAGCUAUGGACCCUAUCAAUCCACUGAGGGUCCAAAACUUUCCAACUAGCUAUAGAACAUACUGACACCUCCAAUGGGAUCCCAUUGUCUUACCAAGCUGUUGAUCAUAAAUGAUUCAAACAGUACAUGAAUACACAGACUAUAUGUGAUAAAGAUCUCAUAAUUUAUUUGCAAUGAACCAGCAUGUGUUUGAUAUCUUUCAUUAACAAAUUUCUUAACCGAACAUUGUUAAAUAAUAACAGCACAACUCAGCAUAUUACUUUUUCUUCAUCAUUUAAGCAGACCAUCUACAGUGUAAUAAGGCUCAACGUUUAAAAAAUUGGCUGUUGUGUAUCAUAGAAUAGAAGAAAGACAAAACCUCAAUAAUUCAUGUUAUCAAAAUUUUGACAAAGGUACUGAUUGAAAGUCUGCUCUCUCUUCAGUCGAAUUUUUCAAAGCAAAGCAAGGUCAGAAUGUUCCCAAAUGUGACUAAAGUAAUCUUGAAACCUUACUCAUAGAUUUAUUUCGUUGUAAAGUGUAAGCUUAGGAAACUGCAGCAUGCAAGUGACCAAUUCGAUUCUCAGAAUUAUUUGAGUUUCAGUUCGCUGAGCGUUAGAUAAGCUUGAUUCAAGCCGUUAUUUCUAUUCUUUGAUAAGAUUUUGAUCACGUAACGAAUAUGGCAAUUUGUACUCACCACAAACUUCUAAAAAUUCUAGCUUUAAAUGGCCGCUCGAUCGUUGUUUGAACCAGUCGAUAUGUCAACUGUUAAUAAUUAUUGUCCCUUCUUUUAAUUCCACGGCGCCAACGACUUUCUUUUCAUUUAAAACACUCACGCUGUUCUCGUUUUCCCAUUGAACCACAAUAAAACUCAUCUUUAGAAGUGUUAUAUUAAGCAAAACAGUUGAGAAAAGAAACAACUUCAAGCAAGAGCGGUUAACCGACGAAAAGUACAUUCAAAGAUGAGCGCCAAGUGGAGUUUUCUUUGUUUCCGAUCACGGGCAUGAUCACGUGAACCUUUUAGCAAAGAGAAUCCGCUGGCUUGACCCAUUGCAGUCUCAAGAGAAGCGCGCAACAUUAUUCUGUCUCUUCUGACCGUUUCUUCUUUCAUGUUUUGAUGAUGACAUAAAUAAUGAUGUGAAUUCACUCUAUGUAGAAAUAUUCGACAAGAAUCAAACAAGAAUGCACGAUUUGUGGCCGAAAGUUUUCGAGGAAAGAAAGACUCGAAACCCACUUGAGUUAUGUUCACGGCCAAGGUGAGAAACAACACAAGCCAAUCACAUUAGGAAGUAUAAGAGAUACCUAGAUGAUCCCAGUGUACCAGUACCCAAAUCAACAAGGCUUGACCACAACAAGCGUUCAGCAACACGUUCCAAUACAGCUAACCAUCUCGAUUCCUCAGUCGGUCUUUCCACUGAACUAGCAGUUGUGCCAACAGAGUCAAGUGCGUCUCAUAACGGAGAAAACAUUUGCACGAGAGACAAAAGCCAUGCCAGAUAUCAGCAAUCCUACAUGCCUAUCAUAGCAAUCCACGGAAAUUGCUAUUGUUGUGUCAAGCACACCUGGUAAAUUUAGCUGAUCAUUGCAAUAAGAAUAUAAAAAUUGUCAAGUGUGUCAAGGCUUAAGGACAGAUUUGAACCCCAGUAUUAAAACUCUUCUAUCUGGUAAUUCAAAACUAUUUUAGGAUGCUGUAAUAAUCCCAUGAUUAUCUGACCUUUGUAUUAAUAAAAAUUCAUUGUUUUACACAGUCAGCCCAACAAUUACACUCAAAACUACAACAGCUCCAACUUUGGAUGAAGGUGCUACAAGAACAUUGUUUUGUGUGGCCAGUGGCAACCCCAGACCCACUUACAGGUGGUAUAAAGAUAAUGUAAAGAUUCUGGAAGAUCAAAAUAACUCCAACUACACAAUAACAUCAGCCAGCAGGAAUGAUGCAGGGACGUACAGAUGUGAAGCUGUUAUUAAUGUUCCAACUCUUGGCCAGUACAGUGACUAUUACACUGUUCAGGUUACAGUUAGAUGUAAGUCAACUCACAAUACCUACUUCUAUUCUUUUCCCUGGAUAGUUCAUUUAUACAUUUUGUUUACCAUUAUGGUACAAUGUUAAAUAGAUGGUUAGUAAGAUGAAGGAAAUAACCAGCUUAAAAAAUUCGACAAAAUGGCCCACAAAGAAAGGUAUGAUAAACUGCUAAGAAAAAGUUAGUUGUUUUGGGAAACUCACUUACAGUGCAUUUACAGGUACAUCCAGUCACAACUGAGCACAACAGCUUAUAGGUGAUGCAAUUACACAAUCUCCCUCAUGGCCUGAAAAAGAGAAGUAGUUAAUGCAGUUCAAACAUCGGGAUCCACAACUGCAGUGACCACAUUGUGAGACAAACAAUCACAUGUGUACUCCUCUUUUGAAAGUUACGCUUUUAAUUUUAAGCUCGUGUGAAAAACAUCUUUGUAAUGUUCUUGCACAGUGGGUGUGCACCGAAAACAUUAUUUGAUCACAAGGCCAAAGCAAACUUCGGCUACAUUUUAUGAGUUCUUUACCUGUUAUGGGUUGCCGAUAAAUGUGCAUAGCUGUGUUUAAAUCAGUUUAACUCUUAUUAAUUCAACUAAAUAGUUAAGAAAAGCAUUGCUUCUGUAAAAUGUAUGUCAUCUAUUUAAGAUUUAGUUACUGUUCCUGUUCCAGUCCCAUCUGAACCAGCAAAGGUGAAUAAGGAUGCUAUUUAUGGCUCAGUUAUUGGGGUCCUUGCCUUUAUGUUCGCUGUUGCUAUUAUUUUGAUUGCCUGGAAACGCCGCAAACGUAAGUAGAGUGAAUUACUAUAUUCAGUUGGUAAAUGCUCCUAUUCGAGAUGCUACUGACCUAGAUUUAUGAUUUGUGGACGAUUGACAAAAGGAGAUUCAUUUGAAGAAUAGAAUGGAAACUGAGAAGGGGGAAGGAAAGAGGAAACAGCAAGGAGUCGGAGAACUUGCAGCAUAGUAGAGUCAUUUCGCAAAGUCUUUCAAUUCAUGACACCAAUUGACGGCGUUACUCAAGACCUUGGGCAAAGUUUUUCCCAAUACGGACAGAUCUAGGCUGCUGAAUAACAUUUUAAUUUUUUUUCCCUUAAACUUAAGGAAAAUUCUCUCCAAAAGAACCCGAAUGAUUUAGGGCUGUAAUUACAGCAGGAUCCUCCAUAAACUGAACAAUUCUUGAGCGAGUAGAUGGUAGUUAAAAUAGAGGCGAUGCAAAUUAAAGAGAGACGCUUCACCGAAACAUUUUCAUUUGUGUAAUGAUAAAGGUGAUUUAAAAGGCCUCCCAACGAACUUUGAAACGUUAUUUUUACAACUAUCUGUCUCAAUCUGACACCUGUCAUUUAGAGAGCGCGCAAGAAAAAAAAAAGGGCAUAUACAGUUUUGAAAAAACAACCAAAGUAGUUUUGCAAGGACUGUCGCCACAAUGAUUUCUUCAAAAACAGUCAAUGAUCUUACGGAAAUUAUUAUUCACUCUCUUCGACGAUUCAUUCAUGUACGAAGAUUUGCCUCUGUUAAUCAAGUAAACGGUGAGGAAAGUAAUUGUAAGUGAAUUCAAGUUUUUUAUUUGGAAAUUGUGAGAGCUUGUUCGUUUGUUUACUUCAAUAGCGUGUGUAAAUCUGGUCUUUCCACCACAAAAACUAAAUUCGAAUUAGACACUUCAACGAGACACAAGGAGACUCAAUGCGGCUUUUUCUCAUUGAAUUCCUUCACUUCCUGUUGUGCAAUUUACGGUACAAAUGUCCAAAUUGAACGGACUUGAAAAGACUCACCGAGAGCGCAUAUUUGUUGUAGAACUGAAAACUUUGCACGCCCUUUUACUUCGAACAGAUUGUUUGAGAGAAUUCAGAUAUUAAAUGAAUGAAUGUUCCAUCGAUUAAUUCAAUUGUAACCAAAUUCCUCACGUUUUAACUUUCUAGUACUUUUUGUGGGGGGUUGAAAUUAAUUACAGACGGGCUUUAGGCCGCUUGUCAACCAGUUUAAUGACUCUUUAGCUUAUACAAGUUAAUUUCGAAACCAAUAGCUUUCUGUCAGCCAAAGCGAUUUGAGGGAGAGAAAAGAGAGGAUUAAUGAGUUAAUUAUCGGCUUGAGGUAGUGACCAACGUCUUUGCUUAAAAAUACUGCCCGGCCGGUAAAACAAAAUAGAUUUAUGAAAAAUGGCAACGAAGGUAACAAUGAACUCAGCGACUCACGAGAGCAUUACCGUUGCCCGUGGGUAGAGAUAGGAAAAUACGGAAUGCGCAAAGAACCAAUCACAUUGCCGGAUUCCUUACCGUGCCCUCUGAGGAUAAGAUAAAUAACAUUAUUAUUACUGGAAGUACUUUCAAGAGAAGGAGCUGGAAAUACAUGACGCUUAAUUGAUGAGGACUUUUUGAAUUUUAAAAUAAUUUAAGCAGCUUUUUUCUCUUUAUCUGAUGUCAUCUCUUUCCUUCUUUCCACACUUCUUAGGUGAAAAAGAUAAUCGGUAAGAUGUCAUUACAAUAAAAAGUUAAUAUAGCAUCUGUAGAUCAGAUUGGUAUUGUUCGUAUUUGUAGUUCUGAGAAAAGUUUCGCAGUUGUUCUCAAAAUGUGUCAGUUGAUAUUUCCAAAAAAAACAAAAAAACAAAAAAACAAAAAAACAAGAAAGGGAUUUUGUUGGUGAGGUUUAGUCAGUUUCCUAGAAACUAUUAGUUUUGAUUUUCUUUUAGACCUAAUACAGUCCUUAAGGAAUCACGUACGCCUCACGUUGUAAGUAUGGGGUGCAUUUUUAUCGAAUCAUCUACUUUGUGAUGAUCAACAAAUAUCUGUUUGGCAAUUAAAUGCUGAAAGUUAAAGCAAAGCAUGCAUACCUUCAAUUUUUUCAAGGCCCUUGGGACUUGAAUACCGUGAAUCAGUUGUAUAGAAAUGGUGUUAAAUAGGAAGUAACAAAAGGAAGAUGAGUUUUUAUUAGUCUAUUACUUAUUAUACAAAUUAAGUUUGGAUUUCAAGGUUCAUUGAAGUGCGCUUUACCAACCUUUCGCCCUUAUUUCAAGAUAUUGCAGCUCUAUUUACGAGUCAAAUCUUCUUAGUACUGAUUCACAAGUGCUCUCAGAAAAGGCGUUCAGUUUAGUGGAUGACAUCAUAAUAUUCAAGAAUUCUCUAAACUUUAUCUCAUUGUCAUAAGAAAGGUUACGAUUGCGUGUGAUUCUCCUUUAUUCUGGUCGCAAAACGAGUGAAUUAAAAUGAAAAAAAACGUACAAUUCCAUGGACUGGAGAAUGCACCCAUUAAAUUUUGCAUGAUUCUUCCCUAAGAAAUACGAGACAUCUUCCUUACUCGUAGCCAAUUCGUAUGGGGACAAAACAGGCCAGACUAAGUGUGAAUCUCUUUUCGCUGGAAAACAGAAAGAGGGAAUUGAACUGGAAAGUAGCAAUGGGAACCUUAGCACCGUGGUGCAUCAUGCUCCCGGAAAUUACAUGGACCUGAAUGAAGUUAGACCACUGAAUGACCCUGCCACGGACCCAGAGCGAAGUUAUUUAGAAAUAAACGAAUAUGCACCCCUGCACCCAGGAACGCGCUCAUGGGAAGUGGAAAGAGAAAAUGUAACAUUUGAAAAGAUUAUUGGAAAAGGUGCCUUUGGUCAAGUCGCCCAGGGAAAAGCUUCAAACCUUCGAGGAAGAAAGGAGACAAUUACAGUUGCCAUAAAAAUGCUGAAAGGUACUCUAUUCAUUGCCUAAAGAGCGUUUUAGUUAAGAUAAGGCUUUACUGUUUCUGAAUAGUCGAUCUUUUCUAUAGGUAACGCUACAGACAUAGAGAGGAAAGAUUUGCUGUCAGAGCUUGAAGUCCUGAAGAAACUCAAGCCUCAUCCACACGUUAUCAAGUUGCAGGGUUGUGUAACUGAAUCAGGUGCAGAAAAUAGAAUGAAACUACCUAGUUUAUGUCUCUUUGUGUCACCCUGACAACUUAAAGCCAAAAUUGCUCUGAAUUCAUAAUUUCUUGCUCUCUCACUAUACCUAAUCCUGUCAUUGUUGAUCUUAACAGUAUCAGCAAAGAGCAUUUGUAGCAAUUGUGCACGAUAAAUAAUUAUUUUGUUUUAUCGUUACGAGUUCCGGUUCACUCGAUUUAAGAUUAUUUAUCCAGUUUACCGCAGAUCCUGGGUUAAAUUUAGAAUGCACUUAGCACAAUUGCAAAGUUUUUCGUUUUCCCAUUGCUGUAAUUAUCACUUCAAAGUGAUAACGUAGCUGAUGUUCUCUGUUGUUUUCUACAUAUAUUUUUUAAAAUUUUUUGCUUGUACUUAUCGAAUAUGUCCCGGAACGUCUUGGUUGGAGAGCAAGAACGAUGUAAGGUAACCGAUUUUGGAAUGGCAAGGGACGUAUGCCAGGAAAACAUCUACGAAAAGAAAUCAAAGGUUUCUGAUCUCGUUAUCAUGAUAUGUUGCGUGUUUGGCUAAUACCGUAGUUUAUUAGGAUAGAUAUAUCCUAUCUCAACCUCCUCUCACCUUGUUUCUCAGUAAUGUUUUACACUACAUCAUCGCCAGAUAAACAAAAGGAAGAAUCAUCUGCUCUUUUUCUUCAACAUUUCCUUUCCAUGUUACAAUAGGGAAGACUGUCAGUAAAAUGGACAGCUUGCGAAGCGCUGUUAUACGGACGAUAUACGACGAAAAGUGAUGUGUAAGUGGAUCUAAUAAGCCGAUAAACAGUUUUAAAGAGUUAAAAAAAACCGUUCAAAUCUAUUCAUGUUAAACCUAUAAUUUAAUUAUACCUGUACGUGUCAACUUGCAAUGAAGCCUGAUGGCAUUUUCUUUAAUUAGAUGGAGUUUUGGAAUUGUGCUUUACGAAAUCUUCACGAUAGGUAUGUCAGAUAAUUGUGUUUCAGUGUAAUUUAUAUAGAUGGCGCACUUUUUGAUCGAUUCCCUGUCUUCGUGUCUAACGUCUCGUCUUAGGUGGCUCUCCAUAUCCAAAGAUUGACGGAAGAAAAAUGGCAGAUUUACUGACUCAGGGUUACAGGAUGCCUAAACCACGACACGUGGACGAUACCCUGUAAGACCAUGGACCAUUAAUUCAUUUAUUUAAUCAUGAACUUGCUGUGAAAAGUUUAGAAUUUUUUUCAUUACCUCUAUAGCUCUUUAGCAACGAGAAUGGCCUUCCAGACCUAAACAAUCAAAUAUCAAUCUAUGGACCAUUACUUUCUUUGACUUCCUAGGAAUAAGGUCCCAACUUUCGUGCUUAGGUAGCUCUGCAGAAUGUUAUGAAAAAACUUUUAGUAGAAUUCGUAUCACCAAAACCCAAGUUUUAUUUUAUUUUUUUUGGUUUUAUUUAGUUACAAGAUUAUGCAAGACUGCUGGCAAGAGAACCCAGAUGAUCGCCCAAUUUUUGAGAAUCUUAGGAAUGAUUUGAAGGAAAUGGAAAAUCAACAUCAGGUGGAAUAUCUACAAAAUAAAUUUAAGCAAGGCUUAGUCACCUUUUGAUUUAGAAGUCGUUUAAUAGAUUCUCUUUUUUAUUUUCCUUACAGAGGCUCAUCAACAUGCAGCAUUAUGACAACAUCCUUCACGCAAGCAUGGAUUAG